GACGCGUCCAGCUGCUGAGAGGCCAUGCGCUGCCGGCCGAGGGGCGUUCAGGGACUCACCUGUGGAUCCGCGCCGCCAACAUGCCCGACGUGAGCAGACCGCUGCUGCUGCUGCUGUGCCUGGUGCUGACCGGGGAGUGCCGCCAGCACGGCCACCGCGUGCGGAGAUGGACCGGCACCGCGGAGACCCAGAAGCUUGGCACCUCCUUGGUGAAGAAGCCUCCAGAUGUGACCAAAGCUCGCAAGACAAAGACGGAGAACCUGCUCAAAGUGGACGAGCACGACUUCACCAUGCGGCCGGCGUUCACAGGCCCGGCCAUCCCGGUGGGAGUGGACGUUCAGGUGGAGAGCUUGGACAGCAUCUCUGAGGUUGAUAUGGCUCAGUCCUCAUGGGUGACGGUGACGGCAGCCUGUAACAUGGACUUCAGCCGCUUUCCUCUGGACUCUCAGACCUGCUCACUGGAACUCGAGAGCUACGCCUACACGGAUGAAGACCUGAUGCUCUACUGGAAGAGCGGCGACGAGUCGCUCAGCACCGACGACCGGAUCUCUCUGUCCCAGUUCCUCAUCCAGAAGUUCCACGCCACGUCUCGCCUGGCCUUCUACAGCAGCACAGGCUGGUACAACCGUCUCUACAUCAACUUCACGCUGCGGCGCCACAUCUUCUUCUUCCUGCUGCAGACGUACUUUCCCGCCACGCUCAUGGUGAUGCUCUCCUGGGUGUCCUUCUGGAUCGACCGCCGCGCGGUGCCGGCCCGAGUGUCCCUGGGCAUCACCACGGUGCUGACCAUGUCCACCAUCAUCACCGGAGUCAACGCCUCCAUGCCCCGGGUGUCCUACAUCAAGGCGGUGGACAUCUACCUGUGGGUCAGCUUCGUCUUCGUCUUCUUGUCCGUGUUGGAGUACGCCGCCGUCAACUACCUGUCCACCGCCCAGGACCGCCGGGAGCGCAAGCUGCGCGAGCGGGAGCGGGAGCGGGAGCGCUCGCAGUCACUGCCCUGCACCUGCGGGAUCUCUCAGACGCGGACCACGACCAUGUUGGACGGCACCUACAGCGAGGCCGACACCAACAGCCUGGCCGGCUACACCGAGGAGCCGAUGGUGCCAGAAGAGGAGCAGGAAGAGCUGCACCGGGUUCCGGAGAAGCCGGAACACAUGGUGGUCCACCUGUCGGUGAGCAGCGAGUCCACCAGCACCAAAAGGAAGAAGAGCCUGCGCGCCCUCAACAUCAUCCAGAACACGCACGCCAUUGAUAAAUACUCCCGGAUGUUUUUCCCUGGUUCCUACAUCUUUUUCAACCUCAUCUACUGGUCCGUCUACUGCUGAGAGACCUCCGGGCCACUAGGGGUGCUGUUGUGCUGGAGGUCUGCUUCUGCAAAGGGCCAGUUCCACAACACGUUCAGCUUAGAGACUUUGGGAUUUAUUGAGCAUUGAUUCGACUUUUCUUCUUUUCCCCCCCAUGCAGCAAUUUGAAUGUUCAUUAACGCUUCAUUAAGUACAAACAAAGAAAAUAGUCAUUGAAAUGCUGUUUUCAAACGACUGAUGCUCGUUCCCUCAGUCUAUUUAACCUCCCUAACUGUUGAGAAGCUCCUCAUUACUGCUGUUCCUGCCAGCUUUGCUAGGUGAAAAGUACAUUUUUGUACUUGAGUCUGAUGGUUGACAGAAGGUUAAUUGUUGUGAGAUACUCGAUUGAUAGAUUUCUUUACAUUUAAUUGUUAGUAUGUCACAAUGACACAUUUUGGCCAUAUUCUUUAAGCUGGUUAUCUCAAAACAAAUGAUCUAGGCUGCAUUUAGUGGCGCUUUUAGCUUAAUGCUAAUGCCAACAUGCUAACAUGUUUGUCUUAGCAUGAUGACGAUGUUUAGCAGCUAACAUUUACCACGUCCACCAUCACGCUAUGCUAUGCAAACAUUAGCUAGUACGGCUGAGGCUGGUGGGAAUGUCAUUAGUUGUUCUGGUCUUUAUAAUAAUCGAUCCCAGAGUUGUCGAUAAAUAUUUCACUCCAAACCACAAAAUAAAGUCCUCCUCCUGGUGGCGCUCGAGGCAUACCAAGUCGGACCGUCACCAAAGUCAGUAGGAUUCACCGUGUGGGGGAAAUACAUGUCUGUCGAAUUGCAAGAUGACCCUCCAUCUGAUAUCCUCCACAGUCUGGACCUCAGUGACGACCUGAACCGUCCCUCGAGCUCCACCGAGCAUGGCAACGCCUGCUCCUCCUGAUGACCUCGAUGUGUCUUCAUCUGAGCGUUACAGGCUGCACGAACAUCAGAGUCUUUACUCUACCGAGAUAUUUACGUCAUGUCCUUUUAAAUGGAGCCCACAUUUUAACAGAAUUUCCAUAAAGCGUUAAUUGUGAUGUGAAUAUUUAACACAUUCUCACUUCCAACUCAUCAAAGAUGGCAGCUUGGUCAGUGGCCCUAAAUCACUUCAUGUGUUAACUUAAGGAACAUUACAAUCCGUGUGGGUUUCUAUGGUCACAUUGAUAAAGCAGGUGGAUGAAAAAAAAUGAAUAUCUUUGGAUGAAGUGAAUUCAUGUUAUCUAUCUCCAGCACUUAGUAAUGAUCUGGAGAUAAGAGGCCAACAAUAAUAUUCAGCUCAUGUAUUUUUCACUGCUUUUGUAUUGCUGUGCUGUUCUGAUGUUUUCUGAUUUUAUGAUGAUUCUCUAAACUACGAAGACUUUUUGAUAAACUGGCCUCUUGGUAGCCAGGUGACAACACAAAACUGGAUUACUUAAAAGGCCCUCUUAUUUAUUGCUAAUUGCCUUAGCAUGUGAUAUAUACGGGGAUACAUGUGUUAUAAUAUCUCAAAGGUUUUUUGGUGAAUGUGAUAUUUUCUCCUCAGCGUACUGUAGUUAUUUGUCUUUGUGAGGUAACAGAAUGAACAUAAGCUGACUUAAUACAAAGUAAUUCACUACUGAAUGCAGCCAAUCACUUCAUAUCAUUGGAAUCAGCUUUCUUGUCCAUGUGGCACUGACCGGAGCUCAUGCAACAACAUGUUGGGAUUCUCAUCUGAACUUUCUUUUCCUCGUUUGAGUCCACCAUACGACUCAAACGAGCAUGACGCAUUAGAUUUAGGAAACGCUCCUAACUUAAGAUAACUGACCAGCAUAAACAUGAAGAGAGUGUGAGAAUUGCAAUUAAGCGUAAUUCAUGAGCCAAUUAAACCUUCAAAGAUCCUGCCCCUUCUUUCCCAUAUGGAGGUCCUAAUUUCAUGGAUCCAGAAGGAUCAUUUUAACACCAUCAAUAGCAACAUGGAGGUACCUGCUAGACAAGGAACAGGGAACAUUAAUGAAGAGGAAAUGGUUCCAUAUGUCUCUCGUUUUGCAGUUUGAGAUAUUAAUAUUAAUAUUUUAGUGGAUGAAUAACAGCAGAAACAUUUCACAUGUUCUUCAAUUCAAAAUACGACAAAAUUAGUGAAUGUGGGAAGUUCUACUAAAUCACUGGAAAAGCCAUUUGAGAACCGAUUUGUGUUUCUUGAUGACGCCCAAUGACUUUCACUGAACUUCUGUCAAUAAUAUUCCCUAAAUCCCCAAACUAUAGCUGCCAUUUGUAAGUGAAUACUGAAUGUGAGGCUUCUUGCAUUAUAGUUGCUCACCAUGUGUAUCUGAUGCUCUGCUGGUUGGUUCAUCACAACGGUUUCAUCUGGAAAGUUUGACGGCUGAUGAAUCAACAUCUCGACCAAUCAGCUUCUUCCCUGUGGAUUAGCUGCUCAUUAAUGUAUUCCCUUUGGCAACUCACUCCUUGAGAACACUUACAGUGUUUUAAGAAGAUGAAUAAACAUGAAGUUCAAUGCAUUUAAGAUACGCCGUGUGGUCGGAUGCACCAGAGCACUACGGUUCAGCAUUGCACGUCGACCACUGCAUCCAUACACUCUCAAGUUACAGUUACAUGUCAAACCGCCAACUAUUCAGUAACAGCAGGACGAGAACACGCUAAAUCCAACCAAACUGCUGACACUCAGAGAAUAACUCGUACUUAUAACCUCCCGGUGUGGCGUCGGCCUAUCGUUCCCGUGAGCCGUGUGGUCACUGUGAUACGGUCAGGGUCUGAAGGUCCAUGUGCCAGAGAUGUAGCCUCGCGGUCCUCUCGUGUCUGCCCCUUCAGAUUUAAUCCAAGAAACAAAUAUAAAACGUAGAUGAACCAUUGAUGUAUUAUUGACUAGUGCUCAGGCAGCGCUACUACGGAAGACAAACUGGACGCUACAGUGACUCGCUAUCGCCUCUCUGGCUACAAGCGGUACUACAAGACAGGUCGAGGCUAGCUGCUGCGCAUGCUCAUUUGAGCAGAUUUCUCUGCAACACAGACGUCUUUGACAUCAGGUUAUUCUAACCUCUUCACAUUCUGUUGUAAAUGUCAGUUUACUAUUUUAAUGUUUUUAACAACAACUCUGUCCACAUCUUACAUAUUGCACCUUUAAGGAUGUAAAAAGAUAGCAGCUACCUCUUCUGGUUUCUUAAAUGUCAAGUUUUCUGAAAUGUUGUGUUUUUGUAAAUGCUGUGAAUUCUGUAACGUUGUGGUGUUAAAAAGAGGAUGUAUGUUUAAUUUAUUUAAUUUGACUUAAUAACCACUCACCCAGUGAGAGGGUAAGACAGAAACCGGCCUGUGGAUUCAAACCGAGGACCGCUGCACCUCUAUGGAAGUGAAACGUUAAAACCCCUCAUUUAAAGCCACGAUGGGAACCGACAUGCACAUUUGUACAUUUUUAUGAGGUGGUACAAAUUGUUAAAAUUAUCCCUGUAAAUUGUAAAGUACAUAUAUUUUUUGGAGUCAUACAUGUGUGAAGUAAAAAAAAGAAGAUUUGGAGCCGAGGAAAUAUAAAGUUCUUUCAGAUCCCGAAAACCUUUAAAAAAAUAUUCACAAUUGAUUCAUAUUCUAAUAGAGUGACAUUUGAAAUAUACUGGUUGUGCUAAUGUAUUGUAACAAUGUAAAGUAUUUAUUAAAACAUUCAAAUAAUGUUAUAUACAGGACUGUCUCAGAAAAUUAGAAUAUUGUGAUAAAGUUCUUUAUUUUCUGUAAUGCAAUUAAAAAAACAAAAAUGUCAUGCAUUCUGGAUUCAUUACAAAUCAACUGAACUAUUGCAAGCCUUUUAUUCUUUUAAUAUUGCUGAUUAUGGCUUACAGCUUAAGAAAACUCUAAAAUCCUAUCUCAUAAAAUUUUAAUAUUUCCUCAGACCAAGUAAAAAAAAAGAUUUAUAACAGCUGAGUGUUUGUCAAGGCUCAGGAAACCCUUGCAGGUGUUUCGAGUUAAUUAGACAAUUCAAGUGAUUUGUUUAAUACCCUACUAGUAUACUUUUUCAUGAUAUUCUAAUAUUUAGAGAUAGGAUAUUUGAGUUUUCUUAAGCUGUAAGCCAUAAUCAGCAAUAUUAAAAGAAUAAAAGGCUUGCAAUAUUUCAGUUGAUUUGUAAUGAAUCCAGAAUGCAUGACAUUUUUGUUUAUUUAAUUGCAUUACAGAAAAUAAAGAACUUCAUCACAAUAUUCUAAUUUUCUGAGACAGUCCUGUAUAUAAGUGUAGCCAUUUAUAGACCAAGCUGUGUGUCUAAUCUAAUCAAAUACAGUCAUGAACAGUUCUAUAGAAUUACAGCAUGUUACAGUUAUUCACAACUGGGUGAACAUUGUUCAACUGAAAAUGUGAAAACAUUUGAAUGAUAAUAUUUAAUGUCCAGAGUAAAGUUGUAUUCAUACAUACAGUAUGCACAUCUAUUACAUUUCUACCUUUUUUGUUCCUAUCUUAUGAAAUGUUGUGUAGGCCUUUCACUGUAAGCAUUCAUGUGUUGCUACUGACAUUAAUGAAUGUGACACUGUAUUUAUCAGGGUAUAUUAAAUGUAAUUAUGAUGAA